CGGCGGGAAGCGGGACCGGGGGCGGCACCGCAGCCGGAGGCACCGAAGGAGGCAGCGCGGAGUCGGAGGGAGCGAAGAUCGACGCCAGUAAGAAUGAGGAGGAUGAAGGCCAUUCAAACUCCUCCCCACGACACACUGAAGCAGCGACGGCACAGCGGGAAGAAUGGAAAAUGUUCAUAGGAGGCCUUAGCUGGGACACUACAAAGAAAGAUCUGAAGGACUACUUCUCUAAAUUUGGUGAAGUUGUAGACUGCACUCUGAAGUUAGAUCCUAUCACAGGGCGAUCAAGGGGUUUUGGCUUUGUGCUUUUUAAAGAAUCGGAGAGUGUAGAUAAGGUCAUGGAUCAGAAAGAACAUAAAUUGAAUGGGAAAGUGAUUGACCCUAAAAGGGCCAAAGCAAUGAAAACAAAAGAACCUGUUAAAAAAAUUUUUGUUGGUGGCCUUUCUCCAGAUACACCUGAAGAGAAAAUAAGAGAGUACUUUGGUGGUUUUGGUGAGGUGGAAUCUAUAGAGCUCCCCAUGGACAACAAGACCAAUAAGAGGCGUGGAUUCUGCUUCAUUACCUUUAAGGAAGAGGAACCAGUGAAGAAGAUAAUGGAAAAGAAAUACCAUAAUGUUGGUCUUAGUAAAUGUGAAAUAAAAGUAGCCAUGUCAAAGGAACAGUAUCAGCAACAGCAGCAGUGGGGAUCUAGAGGAGGAUUUGCGGGAAGAGCUCGUGGAAGAGGUGGUGGCCCCAGUCAAAACUGGAACCAGGGAUAUAGUAACUAUUGGAAUCAAGGCUAUGGCAACUAUGGAUAUAACAGCCAAGGUUACGGUGGUUAUGGAGGAUAUGACUACACUGGUUACAACAACUACUAUGGAUAUGGUGAUUAUAGCAACCAGCAGAGUGGUUAUGGGAAAGUAUCCAGGCGAGGAGGUCAUCAAAAUAGCUACAAACCAUACUAAAUUAUUCCAUUUGCAACUUAUCCCCAACAGGUGGUGAAGCAGUAUUUUCCAAUUUGAAGAUUUCAUUUGAAGGUGGCUCCUGCCACCUGCUAAUAGCAGUUCAAAUUAAAUUUUUUGUAUCAAGUCCCUGAAUGGAAGUAUGACGUUGGGUCCCUCUGAAGUUUAAUUCUGAGUUCUCAUUAAAAGAAAUUUGCUUUUAUUGUUUUUUUUCUUAAUUGCUAUGCUUCAGAAUCAAUUUGUGUUCUAUGCCCCUUCCCCCAGUAUUGUAGAGCAAGUCUUGUGUUAAAAGCCCAGUGUGACAGUGUCAUGAUGUAGUAGUGUCUUACUGGUUUUUUAAUAAAUCCUUUUGUAUAAAAA